AUGGAUGUGGAGCAUGGUGGGUACUAUGGUGAUACAGAUUAUGAGGACACUGACGACGACGAAUACAAUGAAGAGGAGGAUGAAGAAGGAAAUUGGGAUGGGGAUAGUGAUAAGUACUUUUUUUGUAGCAGUGAUGGACAUCUUGGUAGCGAUAGUGAUGGAGGAUGUGAGAGCGGUUUAAUGGAGGCGGGUGAGCUUUAUCUGCCUCCGGAAAGGUAUUGA